ACUAUUCUGGUCCUCCAAAUGAGGGCUGUCAGUUUUGUGAAACGGUUGCAAUGGGAUCUACCUGGGACUGUGUGCAGACAUGGGUUAACAAUAGGAGAUAUCGACAAUGAUGGUGACAAUGAACUAGUUGUUGGCACUGCAGAAGGAGAACUGUAUAUUUUCAAAGGAUCAGAGUUGUGGCAAAAAAUACCCGGUCUAGGUAUGAUUACCAGUGUUGCAAUAGGAGAUGUAUUUAAUUAUGGACGAAAUGCAUUAGUUGUGAUCUGUGGAGACGGUUGGGCUCAUAUCUUCUACAGUCCAAGGUCUGUAAACCCCAGUACUAUUAAUGCAAACUCUUCUCAACAGUCUGCCAAAGAAACAUCAGAUCAAGACACUAGUAAAGGUGAUUUAAAAUUUGUAUUAAUAGAUGGGAACAGCGAAACGAACGAGUUGUCUGGAAAAAUGGAAUGCGUCCAUGUACAAAGAAUUCCAACAAAUACAAAGGUUGUAUUGGUAGCAGAUGUUGAUAAAGAUGGUGCAAAUGAAAUGAUACUAGGUUUAACUGACCGUGUGGUUAGAUCCUAUAGGUGGUCAAGUAAUCUAGAACUAGGUAGAGGCAAGUUAGUUGGAUUGAAUAAGUGGGAAUGUGCCAAUCAGAUAGGAACAGUUACAUUGCAGCAUACUGCGGAUGGAACGCCGACCUUAUUAGUUGCUCAACCUGGAGGAACCUUUAUGCGAAUUAAGUGUAAUCCGAAGGAGUGUCAUUUAGAAGACGAAGUUCACAAGACAGACGAUGAAUCAGCAGCGAGUUUUGUAGAUUAUCAAACGUUAGGUAUAUCACGAAUGCGCAAUCAAAAUAUUUCAACAGAGAUCAUAGGAGACUUGGAGUCAAUGACAUUAGAAAAUAAAACAAUGGGCUGUGCUGCGCCUAAAGAAUCUUUGGCCAAGCAGGUUGUUUCAAGUGAGACGCAACACGGUAAGUAUUUGGACUUGUAUUCAUUAGUCAAAGAGCGGAAUUCAUAAUGUCAACUAAGAAACAACAAUAUAGAUGCAACAGAAGAGCAUGAAAGCAGUACCACUGUAGACAGUCGUGAAACGGAUAAAGAUUCUGGGAAAAUUAGUCCUACUAAUGUAGAUCAGGUUGAUGGUAAUAUUUUGGGUGGAAAUGUAAUUCUUGGCGACUAUGACGCGAAACAGGAAAAAGACUCAUUGUUGCCUACGUAUAAAGAUUUUUCUUGCGAAAAUAACGAGAAUGGUGACAAUACUGAAAAUGUGAAGGAAGAUGAUAAACAGGAGGCUAACACAAGUUUUGAGAAAGGUUCACAGCAAGGAAAACCUUAUGCUCUUGCUACCUUAGACGGGACAAUAAUGUUGGUUAAAGAUGAAGUUAUUCUAUGGUCAAUGCAAGUGGAUCAUCUGAUAUUUGCUUUGUGUCGUUUAGACGUGACUGGAGACGGCUCUGACGAAAUAGUAGCUUGCGCCUGGGAUGGCCAGACUUAUAUUUUAGAUCAACAACGAAACAGCGUACGUUUUCAAUUCGAAGAGCCAGUUAGAGCAUUCUGUACUGGCCACUAUAACGUCUCGCCUGGAAUUUCGACACCCUGUCUUGUGUACAACACUUUUAACAAUAAGAUUUUUCUCUACCAUGAUGUUACGCUUCCAAGCAUGGUCAUUAAGCCUCUGAAUCCCUCGGAGGAGCUCGAUCCUAACGAAAAGAAGAGUUUACACGAUCUCUUAGAAGGCUCUUCUGAUACGGAAAGACAGCAAAAAAUGCAACAGUUAACAGAAUGGUUGUUAUACGGAGUAUCUUGA